AUGACAGACAAAUCAAUUGCAAUCAUUGGUGCUGGUCCAGGUGGGUUAGCUGCCCUUUACGAGUUCCUACACACCAACGCUGACGGCACAUCAAAUUUAACCGACGCAACAAAGACAUACAAGGACAAUAUCCCCCUUGGAGAUGCGUUCAAAAACAUUGUUGUGUUUGAGCUGAAGGAUAAAGCCGGUGGGAUCUGGGCUCCAGCGACAGAAGAAGCUGAUUUGCCAGUCCCACCACAACACUUGCUUCAUAAAGUCAAUGACCCACAUACUAUCAAACCGACCAAUGUGCCACCGGAGGGGAUCAAGACUGCUACUUUGGAGAACCCAAUUCAUGUUGAAAACGAAGCUAAUUACAAGGGAGGCAAGACGUAUCAUGGUCCGUUGAUAAAUGAGUUGGAAUGGAGCAGAUCGGGGAUUUUCCCAUUUUUGUUUACAAAUAUCCCAACUAGAUUCACUAGGUACUCGUAUUUGCCAAUCACUCAUAACGAUAAAUCGAGAAGCAUUUUCCCGUUCUUGACGCAUCAGGAGUUGAGUGAAAGGUUUCUGGAUUUCAUCCAGGACAAUGAGUUGGGGAAGUACAUUAGGUUGAACUCUCCUGUUGAGAGGGUGGAGAAGGAAGGUGACAAGUGGGUGGUUACGGUUAGGAAAAAGGAUGGCAAUAAGAGUAGUUGGUAUAGUCAAUCAUUUGACUAUGUUGUGGUUGCUAAUGGCCACUACACCUUGCCUUAUAUUCCCAACAUCCCCGGCUUGGCUGACUACAACGAGCGUUUCCCCGAUAGUUUGAUCCAUGCCAAAUCAUUCAGACAUCUUGACGAGUUCAAGGAUAAGCGUGUAUUGGUAGUUGGUGGAGGUAUAUCCACCGUCAAUAUUUUACAGUACGUUGUCCCCGUUGCGAAAUCCGUCACCAACUCCAAACGUGGUCCAAAUGCGAUCUUCCCAUAUAUCAAUGAUGCGCUCAUUUCGGAACCAAUUGAACCAAAAGGUACUAUUGAUCACAUUGAUGGUGAGACUGGGGAGUUCCAUUUCACUGAUGGGUCAGUUGGGGCUUAUGAUAAAGUGAUUUUCUCAACUGGGUACCACUACCAUUUCCCAUUUUUCCCAAACAAUGACCAUUUCAAGUUGAUCAAUCCGGGUAACUUGAGUAGAGUUGAUGGAUUGUAUCUCAAUACAUUUGACCAACACGACCCAACCCUUGGAGCCGUGGGGAUCACCGUUUCCCAACUCAAUUUCCAUACGAUUGAAGCCAGUGGAGCUGCAUUGGCUGGAGUAUGGUCUGGUGCAAAGAAAUUACCCUCAUUGAAAGAACAACAAGAAUGGGAACAGAAUUUGGUUGCUGAACGUGGUAAUUCUUUGAUUUUCCAUUAUUACAAUCAACACACUGCUAAGGAUUUCAUCGAUGCUGUUGCUCCUUAUUUCCCCAAGGGGAGAUACAAUCCACUUGAUGUUGAUGGUCCGUUUGUGGGUGAAGUAGAUGAAGGUGCUAAUCAAUUGGAGAAAUUGUUUUAUGGAUUGAAAGAGGGUAGAAUUAGAAUUGAGGAAACCAAUCCGUCUUAUAGAGGCAAGAGCGAGGAGGGGAAGAAAGGUGAGACAAAGAAAGUCCUGACUGAGGUUACGAUUGAGGAAACUGGCCCUAUUCCAGCCUAA